AAAGAAAAUAAUGGCAGAAGCGGACUCAAAAAGUGCAGGGGUCCAUUAUGUUCAAUUAUCAAAACAUCCAAUCCGUUUUGAGCCUGUCAGUCAGCUAACAAAUGUAUUCUUCGAUGAAACAAAUAAGCAGGUUUUUGCAGUGCAGUCACAAGGUGCUAUGGGGGUUGUGGUGAAAGGUCCAGAUGAUAAGACAAAUAUAAAUUUUAGAAUGGAAGACAGGGGAGAAGUGAUAUCUAUCAAAUUUUCUUAUGACAUGUCAGUUUUGGCAAUACAAAGGUCGCAGAAGUCAGUGGAAUUCAUGAACUUUACAGAGCACUCGGAUAGAGUAGAAUACUCACAAUCAUGUCGCGGCAAAACAACCAAUAUAAUAGGUUUCCAUUGGACAGCUCUAAAUGAGAUUGUAUUUGUCACUGACCAUGGUAUUGAGUAUUAUCAGGUGAUUCCAGAGAAGAAAACACUGAAGUGCCUUAAGAAUCAAAGCGGUCAAGUGAAUUGGUUUGUUUGGUCGCCUGAAUCUGCUGUGAUGCUACUUUCAUCAGGGCCUCUUGGAAAUAUCAUCAAUCCUUUCCACUUCAAGUCUGGUCAACUGUACAAACUUCCUAAGUUUGAAGUGGACCUGCCUGUGAUCCCCAAGCCUCCAAAGUUAGUGCUACACGAGAGAGAUGUCACAAUGGCACAGAUCUAUGGUGUACUGUACAUAUGUGUCCUAAGACAUCACACAGUAGCUGGUAAACUGACUGCAGAAAUAGUGUUGUAUCACCUUCAAAGGGAGAAUCCAGCAAGGAGGUCCUGUGUGCUUAGGCUUAACAUGAGUGGGAGGUUUGCUGUCAACCUUGUGGACAAUAUCAUCAUUGUGCAUCAUCAAGCAUCUAAGACAUCCAUGUUGUUUGACAUAAAGUCAGGAGGGGAAUCAGAUGGUUAUGUUACAUUUUAUGAUCCACUGGUCCCAGCUAGUCCUAUUAGACCAUUUAUGAUCAGAGCUCCAUCCAUACCAGGUCAACCUGGAGCAGAUGGACAGAAACAUGAGCUGGAACUUUAUUCUCCAAAUUGGAUAGUAUUCCAGCCCAAUAUACUAAUUGAUGCCAAGCUUGGAUACAUGUGGUACCUGAAGCUGUCUCUAGAACCCAUUGUCAGUUUGAUUGAUGAUAAGGUGAAGCUGAUCGACUUCCUGCUCAGAAGGAAGGACAGUAAGAUGGUGAUACUGAAAGUGUGUAAACAGAUGAUGUUACCAGACUCCCAGGCCUCCUUACCUGUUAUAGCUCAGGUCUUUGACCUCCUCAAUGCAGGGUACAGAGAAUAUCUGGAUAAAGAGAUCCAGGCUCAGGUGGUAGUACCAUCCCUAGGAUCAAUACUUGAUCACCUUGUACCUUAUACUGGGGCAUCAGAGAGCACACAAGCCAUGGACAAUCUACGAGGCAGGAAGGCAAUUAUAGACCAGUCUGAUAUGUAUACACACGUUUUGUCUGUGUUUGGAGAUAGCAAGAACAUUCACUUCAAAUUCAUAGUGGCAACCCUGGUCGAAUACAUCCGCUCCCUCAACCAAGUGUUUAUCCCAGUCCAGCAUUACCUGUAUGAACUGGUGAUCAACACACUGGUACAUCACCACUGCUUUUAUCAACUGCACCAGUUCCUGCAGUACCAUGUGCUCAGUGACUCUAAGCCUCUGGCUUGCCUGUUGUUGUCAUUGGAAAGUGUGUAUGCUCCUGCACACCAGCUGGCUCUGGAUAUGCUCAAGAGAUUAAACACAGCCAAUGAAGAGAUCAUUGAAGUAUUGCUGUCAAAACACCAGUUGUUGUCUGCCUUAAGGUUUAUCCGCAGUGUGGGUGUGGUGGACACAGUGUCAGCAAGGAAGUUCCUAGAGGCAGCCAAGCAAACAGGGGACAGCAUGCUGUUCUACACAGUAUACAAGUUCUUUGAACAGAGGAACAUCAGAAUGAGACAGGUCUCCAAGUUUGCUCCAGGUGAGCACUGUGAGCCCUAUGUCAAAUAUUUUGAAGGACUUUUUGGAGCAGAUGCCUUAAUGCCUUCUGUGCCCUCCUGACUAGUGCAGGAAUUAAAGCACCUGCAGGAGCUGGAAAAACGACUGGAUUUAUUUUAAAGAGCAACUGUUACCUAUUUAUUUGUGGCAGAAGUGACAACUGUAAUGUAGGGAAGCUAAACAGAGAAGUCAUGUUUCUGAUUAUGAAUUUUAGAAUAAUUUUGCUCAAAAUUAAAGACAUUAAGAGGAAGUAAAGACUUUUUGUGGCAGGAGCUUUGAAAUUACAAAUUUGAAGGAAACAAUACACAUUUUGGCAAUAAGAAACUGACAGUGACCAAGAUUCUGUGAAUAUGCAAUGGAAUUGUUACUACUUCCUUUGGUAUUGAUAGUUUUUGUUCAUGGAAGAUUCUAUCAAAGCUUCCAGUGAGACAGACUUAUUCAAUGAAUAUGAAGUCUCAAUUAUUCAAGUGGCAGACAGCCUGACCACAAAAAUAAAUACUGAUAUGAAAAUUUAAUAAUAGCCACUACCAGUGCAAAGUUGUGAAGGAAAAAAAUCAAUUCCCCUUCGGCAAUGUUGUGCUGGAAAUUCAUUGCAAGAUUAUAAUACUGUAGUGAUUGUUUGGUGGAAGCACUAUCAGAUUGUAAAUAUAGACAUAGGAUUGGCUGCAGGAGUUAUACUCCCACUAAUGAUUGUAAUUCAUACAGCAGCAAUAUUACUGUAUUUGUAGAGGCUGGUAUGCAUCUUUGAAUAAUUUGGUAUUAAAAAGGUUAUUCUCUAAAGUUUUUAGAAAGCAAGAUUUUGAUUGGUAAGUUUACAUUUUUGAAAAAGUAAAACAUGUUCAUGGUGGUAAAAUUUGCAAAUUCCUUCCACAAAACCAUUUAAGAGAAAAUCUGUUUGUUAAAUUCUCUUUAGUGAUUUAUAUGGGAUCAAUAUCUGAACCAUUGUGAAUAUUUUAUUCUGUAAAUGGACUCGAGAUAAUAAAUGCAAUGUCCAGUUUUAA